AGAAAGGAGGUCCCAGUUCAAAUUCUUUCAGUUGUUUUUCUCUCAAGACACCAAGAUAUGAGCAAUCUGGAUUCCUACUCUCUGAAAUCUGUCUUAGAUUUGCCUGUACCUUUUCAAUCUGCUUUUAGCUUCAGGUAUUUUAAUUCGCUGCAGAGCGAAUGCUUCUCUGCCUGUUUUCUCUCCGAUGUAAACAUGGUUAUUUCAGCACCAACUGGAAGUGGUAAAACAGUGCUCUUUGAGCUCUGCAUUCUGAGGCUUCUCUCAAGGUUCAUCUCUGAAGAGGGGAGAUUCAUCCAUGUAAAGGGAACCCUCAAAACAAUCUACAUAGCUCCAUCCAAGGCUCUUGUACAGGAGAAGCUUCGAGAUUGGAAUCAGAAACUUGGGUCCCUGGGGAUAAAUUGUCUGGAGCUGACUGGUGACAACGAAUUUUACAACAUAAGGAAUAUACAAGAAGCAGACAUUAUUGUGACCACUCCAGAGAAGUUUGAUGCAGUGACCCGGUAUCGCAUAAAAGAUGGAGGCUUGAGUUUUUUCAGUGACAUAGCUCUUGUGCUUAUUGAUGAAGUUCACCUAUUGAAUGAUCCACGUGGAGCAGCUUUGGAGGCAAUAGUUAGUAGGAUAAAAAUGCUUGCUCGCAACCCAGAAAUGAAAUUAAGUUCUCUUUCUCAUGUCCGCUUCCUAGCUGUUUCUGCCACUAUUCCAAAUAUUGAGGACCUUGCGGAAUGGCUAAUGGUCCCUGCCCAAGGGAUUAAAAGGUUCGGUGAAGAAAUGAGGCCUGUAAAGUUGACUACAAAAGUUUUUGGCUAUACACCAGCAAAAAAUGACUUCCUAUUUGAAAAGCGCCUUCAAAAUUAUAUUUUCGAUAUUCUCAUGCAAUAUUCCAGAGGAAAAUCUGCCCUAGUUUUUUGUUCAACUAGAAAAGGAGCACAAGAAGCAGCACAACGAAUAUCUCAGAUAGCAAUGAACUAUGGUCAUUCUAAUCCAUUCAUCAGAAGCAAAGAACAAGAGGAAAGGUUAAGGGAAGCUUCACUAUCAUGCAGUGAUAAACAAAUGCAAUCAUACAUCCUUUAUGGAGUUGGUUACCACAAUGGUGGACUUUGCCCAAAGGAUCGCAAUCUCAUUGAAGGUCUUUUUCUUAAGGGUGACAUUCAAAUUCUGUGUACCACAAAUACUCUUGCCCAUGGAAUCAACCUACCGGCACAUACAGUAGUAAUCAAAUCAACGCAGCACUUCAACAAGGAAAAAGGCCUGUACAUGGAAUAUGACCGAUCCAUGAUAUUACAGAUGUGUGGGAGGGCAGGUCGUCCACCAUUUGAGGAUACGGGAAUGGCUAUAAUCAUGACAAGAAGAGAAACGGUUCAUUUGUACGAGAAUCUCUUGAAUGGGUGUGAAUUGGUGGAAUCACAAUUGCUUUCAUGUGUGACUGAGCAUCUAACUGCAGAGAUAGUUCAACUAACUGUCUCUGACAUUACAAGGGCUAUUGAAUGGAUGAAGUGCUCAUACUUGUAUGUGAGAAUGAAAAAGAACCCUGAGAAAUAUGCAUUUAAGAAAGGUAUCCCUGGCAACCUUAUAGAGAAGUACACUCAAGGUACUGUUAUGAUUCAUUUUAAUGAGUUAUCACAACAUCAAAUGAUCUGGACUGAUGAAGAUGGUUUCCUCUUGAAACCGCUAGAACCUGGAAGGUUGAUGACAAAAUAUUAUUUGAAAUUCGGUACGAUGAAGCACAUUAUGCAGACUCCUGUAGACUGCAGUUUAGAAGAUGCACUUCAUAUCAUCUGCCGAUCUGAGGAAAUUGCCUGGAUACAGCUCAGGCGCAAUGAGAAGAAGUUUCUAAAUGACAUAAACAUGGAUAAAGAUGGCCGGCUUCGAUUUCAUAUUCUUGGUGAUAAAGGAAAAAGGAAAAGGCGUAUCCAAACCAGAGAAGAGAAAAUAUUUGUUUUGGCAAGUGACUGCUUGACAGGCGAUCCUUCUGUUCAUGAUUUAUCAUUGACUCAGGAUGCAAAUGCUAUAUGCUCAAAUGGGUGUAGAAUUGCUAAGUGCAUGAAAGAGUACUUCAUUUACAAAAAGAGUUAUAAAGGAGCUUUGAACUCAAUCCUUCUGUCCAAAUGUUUACUUCAAAAGCUCUGGGACGACAGUCCAUACUUGCUGAAACAAUUACCUGGCAUUGGAAUGGUGACUGCAAAGGCAUUACAUUCAAUGGGAAUUGUUUCAUUUGAGGCUCUGGCUGAAGCUGAUCCAAGAAGGAUAGAGAUUGUCACUGGUCGAAAAUACCCAUUUGGGAACCACAUCAAGGAGUCCCUGUCAUCACUGCCUCCGAAAGUAGAGUUGAAGAUUGAGGAAAUUGAAUGCCAAAGGCAAGGGAAGUCCAAGAUAGAAUUAACAUUGACAAGGCUAUCACAAUCCUUCCAAUCAAUUAAACGAUAUUAUGCUGACAUGGUUGUUGGUUUGGAGGAAGAUAACCUGAUUCUCUUUCAUGAGAAAAUAAGAGUGGAUGAAUUUUCUAGCCCCUAUAGCACAACAAUUCUCCUGUCAACGCCUCAGCAAGGAAAGCUGACUGUUAAGGCUGAUCUGAUUUUUGAAGAAUACAUUGGCAUUGAUCUGCACCAAAAACUUCUAGUGGUGAAGGAAAUUAAUUCAAAUAUGAUCCAUACACGUGGAAGUAAGCAGCUUUCCUCUUUUCCUUUGCCUAAAGAAGUGUAUGUCAUAGAAGAUGACAAUGAAGAUGCAUCUCAUUCUUCUUCCAAAGGGCUUGACAUUUCAAAGAAAUCCAAACGAGAAAUGGAUUCCUUGCCCAAUUUCAAACUUAUAGAUGAAGAGUCGGAAGAAGAAGGUUCACCUGCUAUUGAAACUGAAGAUGAUGAAUGCAAAAUCAUAACUGAGCAGACUGUAUUUGAACAUAUACGUAAAAAGUCCAAGAGCUUCAAUGUUUUGACCAAAUCAAAUGCUUCUGUUUCUCCAUCAUCAGAGGCCUUGAUCCUCACAAGAAAGCGCACUCAUGAACAGCAGCUUGAACUCCAUGUCACAGAAGCUCUGGAAGAAACAGAGAGAAGCAAAAUUCCAAGACGGGCCACGGUCAGUCCAUUUUUACAUUCUAGAGAGGCUGAACUGAAUGGACCUGGUAUCAGCAAAAAUCCAACUACAAAAUACCAACCUGCAACUGGUAGUUUGGUUGUCAUGAACUUCAUGGAUGACAGAGCUGAUCUUCCUGAACGAAUAGAGAGCACAUCCCAAAUCGUGAGUGAAGAUACAAUAUUUGAUCACAUACGGAGAAAAGCUAAGAACUUUCCGGUGUUCAAUAAAUCAGAGACCCCUGAGUCUGAUUCUACAAUUCUGACCAAAGGACACUUCUCUGAGAACCAGACUGUGCUUCAUGAGGAUUCUUUUGACACAUUGGAAGGAACAAAUUCAAGUGAAGCCCUGAAGACUACUAUAGUUAUUUCAGAUUCAGAACCUAAAAAAAUGGAAAAAGAAUCUCAUCAUGUUAGGGAAGGCGCAAAGAUGGACCCCAAUAUAAUCUCUGGAAGCACCUGUGGCGCUCAUGGGAGCUUGGAUCUUCCCCCAGAAGUUUCAAGCAUCCAGACUGAUCCCACACAUCAUGUUUCUAGAGUAAAGAACAAUGUACAGAAUGCAGACCCCGGAAUGUGUGUUAAGAAUAUCAGGAAGAAGAAUCUCUCUCCAAAUGGAUCAAAAGGGCAGUGCUGCCCAGCAGCAACACCGGGCAAAAUCAGGGAAGUAGAUUCAUUCCUAGGGUUUAAGAGUGUCUUCUCAUUUCUCUGAUUGCUCUUCUGCCAUUAAAUGGGACAAAUGGUGUCUCAAUCUUGGAUUGUGAUGUUUGUGAAACGGUUCAACUUCAUUGGCGCAUUCUUGUUCAGAAUCUGAAAUAUAACAAGUUCACUCAACAGUGAACAUAAGAUACAUAGGGUUCAAACAAGGUUCAUGUGCAUGCUUGAAAUGGAGCUGAGAGGCCUGAUUCCUCCUGUUUUUGGA